UAUAUUUUUUUAGAAGCAAGUAGUUCAAGUAGUCAGUAGUACUAGUAGUUACUAGUAGGCCUACUUACUUAGUUUAGUUACUACUACUUACUACCCAGAACUGAUGAUGAGGAUAGAUAUUUUAAUUCUAAGAUAUUAAGUUUAACUUAUUUAUUUUUUAAGUAUUAUAAUUAGACAAAUCAAAGUUCAAAGACUAAAAAGAGAAAGUUAACAAGGCAACUUGACAUGUAACUUAAUGUAAGGAAACACAGUCUAUUAAAUGUUGCCUGUCACUGUCGUGUCAAAAGCUAAAGAAGCAAAGGUACUGAAAAUUUUUACUAUGUACCUAUGUAAAAGGGAAGGAGGUUGGUGUGUUGUCGGUCAGUCUGAAUUAGGAUUAUCACUAUGCUGAAUACGAAUUUAACCUAGCCUAAAUUAUAAUAAAUAUUUAGACAUAAGUCUAAGUUGAUAAGUGGGAAUUAUUCGUCGUAGCAUUAGACUAGACCUUGCAAUGUUAAUGUAUUGACUACUGUAUUAAAUAUUAUCAAUUUACUAUACUGUACUAUAACUAUGUUAUUAAUUAGCCUAAUUUAGUUUAGCAUAUUAGUCAUAAUAAUUAGUAUUAGGUCAGUUUACGCAAUUGUAUCUGCGCCACAUUAUUUACAGUGUCCUACAUUGAUGAACAACUAAAUGAUGAUUGUUUAUACGAUAUUAGGUUUAAACUUAUAUGUAAACCCAAAAGUGCGGGGUGGGGUGAGCCUAUUUCACACCCUCCAUGAAUGAGAUUCCCACUGGGGGAGGCUAAAUUAUGGCUGCGUAGGGCCCUCCACUGGUCUUAAUACGGCACAAUUUCUUGCUGCUUAAGGCUAUCACAGAGGCCUAGUUAUAUAAAUAUAUUUUAACCCUCUUGAGACAAUGAGUGUUGAAGCGAAAAAUAUUAUCUCAGAGUCUCAAGAUUGGCUGGCUGGUCUUUGUACCAGCUAAUCAGAUUGUUUCUCACAUUUCUUGCUCAUCUCGCCAUUUUAAUGGCGGCUUCCAUUGAUAUUUUACUGUGUAGUGGCCCAGUGACAACUAAAAUGCUUUAAAAAUAUGUGACCUUGAAAUAUGUCAAAAGGCAUAAGCAGCCCUCAAGGGAAUCUCAUUCAAAAAUGGGUUGGACUUAUUUAUGCUUCAACAAUGAUACAAUCUAACAAAAUUCUGCAAGUCAGACAUGUCUUUUUUAAGUGUAAACAAAAUUUUUUGCAUAAAUUAUACAAAUCAGGAUAACUCAUUAGCAUAAAUUUUGGAAUUUCAGUUUGAUUCUUAAAGAUGAUAAUAGUUCAUUCAAUAUUCCAUUCCCUACUAGAAUAUAUAUAGUUUUAUAUUUGUAAAGUAAUAAGUUUAUUUUUUAUCAUUUUUUUUGCAAAGUAAGUGCUGGGCUUGUGAAAAGGGCUUCAUCUUUUUGGCACCAUCAGUCAAAAAAGGCGCCGUCUCAAGCGGGUUAAAUUAAAUAUAAUUUUAUUAUCACUAUACUAUAUUUAGUAGACAUAAAAUUAAAAUUAGCUGAUUAGACACACCAACACUGAACACACUCACUCACUCUUUAUCUACUAGAUAGGCAGUUUGUUAAAAUAAUUAGCCUUAAGUUAUAUUAAAUUAACUUUGACUUUUUAAAAUAAAAAUCUAGCAAUAUUAUUUAGGGGGGCCAUCCACAUGCAAAGAAAAGUCAAAUUAUUUCACCCCUACUGUUGCUUCCGCACUCUUUUGGAUUUUUGGAUACGGUUUUUAAGUAUACACAAAGAGGAGAAUUAAAAAACAGUGAUGCUUCCCCUGUGGUUGACCUAAAAGUUUGACACUCAUGAAUGCAUAUGAAUGACCAGUCCUAAUGUGGAACCUACCACAAUACUGUGGCGGCAAGGUCUUGUAGACUCUGCUCCCAGGAUCAUAAAUUGAAGGUCCUCGCACAGAUACAGCUGACCCAGGACAUGAAAAUCAUCAGUCUAAUACUAAAAUGUCCCAAACCAACAAUGAUAAAUGGAGUGACAGUUGGUGUCAGGGAAUUGGCAAAUAGUGAAACCUGCCAGGACGACAUGACUGAGGGAUGACCCAACACUGAAUACUUCCACCUGGUAAUUGCAGACUCCCAGUGCUUGAUCACUCGUGUGGAAACAUGGGGUGUGCAGCAUCUUGAUCUGGGUGGGAAGGAAACCAGAGACAAAACCAGUGAAACCAUGGUGAUGAAGUCUGUACAAAAUAGCAUGCCAAUUUGAUGGACAAGAUAAUUAAAAGAAGACACUGUAAACCAGUGCUUCCCAGCAUGUGGCGUGCACCACUAGGAGACAGUUUAAAGAUUUUGGGGGGUUAAUUGGAGACAUUUAGUCUGGAUUUAUAGGAAAUAAAACAGGAUAUUUUUUAAGGUUAACCACCUUCAUUGUUUGCAAUAUAUUGCUAUAGUGCCGGUAAUAUAUUUCAAUUACGGGUACUGUAAGUUUUAACAAUAUCAAAUCUAAAAGCCUAACAGGGCAGUAAAAUUGAAAUUCAGACUUCUUUUCGGCAGCAUGGAAACCUGUUUUUUUAGUUCUCUACGGUGGUGGUUGGGGGAAAUUAACUAACCUCAGCUAUUUGUUUCUGCCAAAUGAAAUAAUUAUGUUAUAAAUUAUGUCAUAGGCACAGAAACAUACAGUGGACUACAGUUUUCACUAGGUUAAAUAUUAUCCUUGUGAUAUUUUGAGAGUUAUUUGUAAAAACACAAAGCAACAGUAAGAAGAUGAUUACGAAAACAUUGCAAUAAAAUUUUGUAAAGCCUUUGAAAAAAUAUUAGAAAUCAUGGAUCUAACAGAUUUAUAUGUGACCGUUGACUUUAUUAAAGAUAUUAAUUGGCUAUUUAUGGUCUGACAGAAUUUCAGAAUAAUUAUUGAAGAAUUAUAAGUACACAGUCUGCUCACAAUCAAAGUGCUCCAGCAAUUGAGCAAUAUUUUUAAUACCUUUAUAUUAUUAUAUGUAAUAGAGCAUGGAAGAGAAAAACUUAAUUAUUUCCAAAUGAAGAGGGCCUAGGCUAUGAAAGUGCUGCGACAAAGAGUUGUUUUAACCCAAACAUGUAUUUUGUAAAAGUGUAAACAAAAUGUUUAUGUCCAUGAUCUGAACUUGGUUUCUGAAUGAGAGCAGUUUCUGAAGUACACAUCAGUAUAGAGCCAUAUAAGAUAUUCAAUACUGUUUCAAACAUGCUUUACCUUUUUUACUUGCAUGAACUAAUUCUUAUUUUAUACAAUUUUUUAUUUUUUUCUGUAAAGUUACAGUACCAUGGCACAACAAGGAGAGUAUCGUAAUUUGUACCCAAUCACAGAGCCAUUUGAUAGUGGAUUCCUAAAAGUUUCAGAAAUCCACAAAUUAUACUAUGAACAGUCGGGAAACAAAUCAGGGACACCUGUCAUAUUUGUGUAAGGAAUCAUUGAUACCUAUUUUUGUAAGUUUGAACUAAUCAAAUGUGUAUGCUACCCGCAAAAGACACAUCCAGCAUUUUAUAGAACACCUAGGCGUUUGAUGACAUGCAUGAAUUCACACAAUUCAGGUAACACCUGCACAAUUACAAAUGACUGGAUGAAAAUAAUUUUAUUAUAAUUAUAGCAACAAAAAUUAUUAUAUGAUACUACAGAGCAAGCAUAGUUGUCUUUCACUAAGGUGAUCAUUCAUGAUGUUUUUACUGGGACAGGAAUGGUUUUUGGAGCAUUGUCCUGGUUUGUUUAUCUAGUUUAGUUUGUCCUAAUCUGAAACCAGUACAAUUUAUGACUAAAAAAUUUUAAAAAAUUAUUAAUUUUUUAAUUUAUCAAAAGACUGAGUACAUCUGAUAUCCAGGCAUGAGUAAAUGAGACAAAUAAAAGUAGUAUUAUAAUUAAUCCAAAUUAGCAUCAUGAUAAUUUGUUUUCUCAGAAGAAUACCUCACUGACAGAAGAGCUAGAGUGUAAUAACAAUAAUUAUUUAUUUUUGGACACACAUGGUGCAAAAGAUUUUAAAUGUCCUGGUUUUAAAUUAAAGAUUUUAAAUGCCCUGUUUUUUUGUUUUUUUGUGCAAAAAAAUUGUCACAUUAUUUCUAUUUAAAAUUUCCUUGCCCAAUGAGGCACCAACAUUCUUUUCUCCUUAUAAUCUUACGAUAGGUUACCUCACCCUAGUUUAUAAUUAUCGUAUCACCAUUUAAUAUAGGGAUAAAUAGAAUAUUCAAUUUCGCUUUGGUGCUAAUUAAUAAGCCUUUCACUUUAAGUGUUUGUGGGGAUCAUAGAAAAAAUGUGUCUUCCAAAUUAAUCAUAUUGCAUGUUGGUAUCUCUUAAAUAUCACAUUUUACACCUCCGCUUAAUAUUUACCUGUUUCAUGCAGCGAUGACAUUUCAACUAAAUUCGUUUGCUGUUGAAAACUGUAUAAUUAAUAUAAAUGUCAGUAAACCUGUAUGGAGAAAACUAUUAUUUCCACUUGGAAUAUAUGGCCCAGAAAUUUGGCUGUCAAAAAGUAGGAACAGCACUUCCACCAGGAAACAUUGACCUGACUCUAUUUCCAUUCAGGCAAACACCCAGUGGCCAUUGUUUCAUUGACCUCGAUGGUGCUUGCAAUGAAAAUUCCGUGUCCCAUCUACUUAAUGUUCGGAUCACCUGCUGUGUCCAUUACGCCAAUUUCACCGGAGUGUCAAAUAAUGUACGCUUCCCAUUCCUCACAACAGAAAUUGCACCAGGCAAUGACAGUUUUGGCAUCAAUAUAACUUUCAGUUGCAGUAACUGUCUUAGGCAUGUCAUAUCUCCAAAAAUACAUCAGAAGUACAAAUUAAGCUCGGACCUUCAAAGAAAGAAAAGGAACAAAUCCACUAACCAAAGUUACAACCUCUACAUGACCAUCCGACAUCAUUUAAUCCUUGUCUGUAAGCAACUAAUGAGGCAGACGAAUGCCAAAAUACACAAAAUAGAGUUUUUGAUGAGUCUGCUCUUAGCUAGCCACUGGAUACACAUAUCAUCUGUUUGUAGUUCUGGUAUCAAAGAGGAUAAAUUUGAAGCUUCAUGUGUUACCUGCUGAACUGCCAGUAACUGUCCCAAUGGUAUAAUUUCCUAUUGUGUGCGUGGUCUCCCGACAAUUACAAUUUUAUUAAUGAAUGAAUUUUAUAGUUUUCUAAUAGACUAAACAAUUUUAAACAGGAAAUAAAGUAAGUAGGUCAGAAAAUGAAAUAAAUGAUAAAUAUAAUUUUGGACGCUCAACUCCAGGAUUAGCCACUGUUCCAAUCAUAAAAUUUGUUGAUGAUACCACCGACAUUAUAAAAAACUAGUUGUCUCAAUAUCUGACAAUAUAAACAAACAAGUUACUAACUUAUUCUACAGUGCAGCAAUGGAAAGCCUACGUAACUACAGAAUUACCUGCUGGUGUGGUAAUUCAUCGUCUGACAUCAAAAACAUGAUAAAUGACUAAUCAAUGAAGCAAUAUCACACAAACUAAACAUCCUCUGCUUGAACUUGAAGAACUAUUUGAAGAAAAAUGUGUAAAACUAAAAAAAAUUUGAUUGAUUGAUACACCCCAUCCUCUUCAUCACUGUUUCAUAAGAUCAGCUUGAGCAGGACGAUUUCUUUCUCUUAAAACUUAAAGUUAGGAUCAUAAGAAAUACAAAUUCUUUUGUUCCCCAGUCUGUAAGAAUUUACCAGCGUCCCCCCCCCCCCGCCCCCCAACCAAUACCAAAAUAAAUCAUCGCUAAUUAAGUCAUUAUUGUCACUAAUGGAGUUAAUUUUUUUGGUCUAUGAUGGCUGACUUUUAAACUAGAGAAAUACUUGUACUUUAGAUGUCUUGUGUUUAAAUUAAAUUGUUAUAUAUGAUUGUAAAAUGUUUUCUUUUUGAUUAAAAUAUGUAUUUUUUUAUGUGCUGAAAUUGAAUAUGUACAAUGUGAUCGAAAACAAAUUUCAUUUCUUUGGAUCCUUUAAAGAAUCUCAUCUUAUUUCUCUCCAUGUUUUUGAAGUCAUGGUGGACCUGGUGGAGGCACCAGCCCCACUGACCGGGGCUUUUUUGAUCCUGAGGCAUACCACAUAAUUUUGUUUGACCAAAGAGGUGCUGGAAAAUCUACUCCAGCUGCUGAAAUCAAGGUAAACUUUGCUGAUAAUUAUAAUAUUAAAAGUGUUAUUUACAUACAUACAUACAAAAGUGUUAUUUAUCUUUAACCGAUUUUAUUGGAGUUAAUAUUUUAAAAAAAUAAGCAAAAAAUCAUAAAAAUAAUGAACUAUCUCUUAUUACUCUAAAUUACUGGUACCUUCUCAUUCCUUAACUAAUUUCAAAGUAGGAUGUAGGCCUAUAUACUGUAGAAACCAUUUUACAUUUAUUAUUAUUGGUUUCACUACCAGAUUUGGAAACAAAAACGUUUAAUCUCACAUAUAACUUUUUCAUAAAUUUGUUUGAUUUAGGAAAACACAACAUGGGACCUUGUAGAAGAUAUAGAGCGCUUAAGGAGGCACUUGGGUAUAGAGCGAUGGGUAGUAUUUGGUGGCAGCUGGGGCUCAACACUGUCAUUGGCUUAUGCAGAAGCUCACCCUGAACGUGUCAAAGCUCUUAUAUUGAGAGGCAUUUUUACUUUACGCAGGUAAAUUUUUUUUAAAUGGUAAUAUUUUUUUAAAUAGCCACAGUUUCCAUUUAAGUUAUCCAAUGGUAAUUAAACCUAAUGGUGUUCAACAAUGGUAAUUAAACCCAAUCGUGUUCAACAAUGAUAAUUAAACCUAAUGGUGUUCAGCAAUGGUAAUUAUAACAAAUGGUGUGCAACAAUGAUAAUUAAACCAAAUGGUGUUCAACAAUGGUUGUUAUAACAAAUGGUGUGCAACAAUAAUUAAACCAGAUGGUGUUCAACAAUGGUAGUUGUAACAAAUGGUGUGCAACAAUGAACAAUGAUAAUUAAACCAAAUGGUGUUCAACAAUGGUAGUAAUAACAAAUGGUGUUCAACAAUGGUUGUUAUAACAAAUGGUGUGCAACAAUGAUAAUUAAACCAAAUGGUUUUCAAUAAUGAUAGUUAUAACAAAUGGUGUGCACCAAUGGUAAUUAAACCAAAUGGUGUUCAACAGUGGUAAUUAUACCAAAUGGUGUGCAACAAUGAUAAUUAAACCUAAAGGUGUUCAACAAUGAUAAUUAAACCUAAUGGUGUUUGUUACGCACUGGCUUCUAUUGUGAGAAAUUAAUCUCUUGUUUUAAAUUUAUGGCUCGUUCAAACAGUGCCUAACAAAGGACGAUACCAUAGAGAAAUACAAUAAUAAAAAUACGACACGCAAAAACAGUUGCCAAUUAAAAUGAAUAAGAUUUAAUUUAGUAAUAAUACAAUUACAAAACAAAUGAAAUAUAAUUACAAAUCAUCAACUGACAGAGUAUGGGAAAAUCUUGUACCAGUACACAAUUAGUACAAUGUGCCAAUUAAUAAUGACGAAUGCGAAUAAACACAUAUGAGCACACAAAGAAUAAUACAAUUGUCUCGUAAAGUUAAUAAUAUCUAUCUGAAUCCCCUUUUCUCUCUGUGCCUGUCAAUCCCUUAUAUAUGUGGGUCUACCGACGCGUCUAGAAACACCCUUACUUUUCUAAUACAAUCGAGAACAUUCCAUAAGAUACUAGUAGACAUACUAACCAUAUUUAAUUGGAAGUCGGUAGUAAACACGAUACAUCAAAGACUAAGCCACGCCCACAAUAAACGCUACCGUCUGCUAGGAAUCUAAAAUGGGGUGAAAUAAAGUUCAGGCACAGGGAAAAAUGUACUACAUAACAGUGUUAAAAAAUGAUAAUUAAACCUAAUGGUGUGCAACGACUUGUAUUAAUUAAGAAUUCAUAUACAUUUUAAAAGGCACUACCUGUAAAAAGAUGUUUGAACAUGAGAUGUUAGUGGGGAAAAUAAAAAGUUAGGAGGAAUAUUUCAGCUGUAAGUGAACCUCACAUGCACACCAUUUAAGUUUUUUGUUUGCUACCUAUGGCAUUAUAUUUGACUCAACUGUUUGCAGCACUGAGAUAAAACUUGUGUUUUCUAUAUUAUUAUUCUCUGGACAAUUUAGUUUCAGUUACAGUACCGUACUCAAAUUUCACAUAAUUUGAGUUACCCGUACCGGUAUAUAAUAUAGAAUACCGGUAUAUAUUUGUCAUACAAAUUAUUCCUUUGAUAGGGCUAAACAAAGUUUUAAAGACAAUGUUUUAAGGAAGGCCUUAUAAAAUGCACUGCAUUAAGAUCACUUGGAGUGGUUGACAGAGAUGGUAAAAAAAUUAACUCACACAAAUUUUAGAAUUUUGUAGAUGGCCCUAAAUUAGAUUUUAUCAAGAGGUAUCUCUAGUUCUAAAAAUAUGAUAAAAAAUUUAUUGUAAAUAAGUUGUUUCUUUUACACAUCUUUAAACAUAUAAUUUUUCUGAGUUCUUUUAAAAAUCUAAAUUGUUUCUUGUUUUCUCGUACUAGGGAAGAGCUAGAGUGGUUCUAUGAGGGGAAAGGAGCCAAUAUGCUGUUUCCUGAUUACUGGGAAGACUACAUUAAUUUUAUACCUGAGGUUUGAUCCAUAGCUGUCUGAGCGAAUCUGUAAUUGGAAUAUAGAGUUGUGAAACAAAAUAUUAAAACAGUUAUUAAUUAACCAUAUAAUUACUACCUUUCUGUAAUUUGUACAGAUGGAAAAGUGUCAGCAAAUUGUGAUAUAAUUUUGAAUGUACAUCUUAAAAUUUGUUUGAUUCCAGGUGUUCAAGUAACUUUUACAUGCAGAUUACACAACAAACUUACAAGACUGAUACAUAUAACAUUAAACAAGUCAAAAAGCAAAAUUAAGGUUCAGAGUGAAUAUUAAAGGGAAUUUCAGAUUAGAAGAGGCCUAAGACUAGAAGACUGUCUUGUAGGCUGUCUAAACCAACAUUAGAGUGAGUUAUAAGAAGCAUACAUAUUGACACCUGAGGAACAAUCACAGGAUACUUUCUGAGGGAAACCUAAGACCCACAACCAAAAGACAUUCUCUGCAACCAACCCCUUUAGUAUUUUGCAUAGCAUAUUCAGAUGACAUAAGACAUUUAGGGAAAAGUAGUAAAGACAUAUCAAAGGCUUUUUAUUGAAUUAGAGGAUGCAUCACUACAAGCAGGGCUGGAAGUUCAUAACAAAAAAACCCACAAAAUACAUGACUAUGUUAAGAGAAGAACAGACAGAUGGAACCAAUUAAUUGGAAACCACACUUUUGAAAAUGUAAAUAAAUUCAAAUUUCUAGUCUAGGAUCCUUAAUAAAUGAAAGAGUUGAAUUAUCAACAGAAAUAAAAUAAAGAAUAUCGACUGGAAGCAGGUCAUUCUUCAGUAGUCACAAAAUACUCAAAAGUAAAAACAUUACAAGAAGAACAAAGAAAACUGUCUAUAAAACUGUUAUCAGACUUUGUAAUUGUAACAGCGAUAAAUAUAGAUGGAGAAUACAAACCAACCAGGAAUUGUAUAGACUAUAUCAAGAUCCCAUGCUAUUAGCAGAAAUAAUAAAGGGCAGGUUACGCUGGGCGGGACUCUUAGAAAGAAUGCUGAAUACCAGAGAAAUGAAGAGGGUGCACCACAAAAAAAAAACAGAAGACAAUGGCUGAAAGGCAGACCUAGGCUUUGAUGGAUGGAUGAUGUGGAAAAAGAUCUGCUCAGUUGGAAAUCCAAGCAUGGAAAAGAAAAGCAUCAGUUAGGUCUGAGUGGAAGGAAGUGAUGAGGCAGGCCAAAGUCUUACAUGGGCUGUAGUGCUGCAGGGAAGGAUGGAGACAAAUAACUCAAAAUUUUUCUUAAAACUUAACCCUAAAAAUGACAGUUGGUGUUAUAACAUAGCAUUUAAAAAGUCCCAAACUUUUUGAUCUGGCCAUAAUUUAGGGGCAUAAUUUUAUCUGCAUUCAGGAUCUUAUAUCCAGUAUUAUUUCAGAUAGAAAUUUGGCAGUACAUGUAGUUACAAUUGCUAAGCAUAAAUAACAUUAUUAUAUUUUCUGCUUAUCAGAGAUUAUUAGUGACCAGAAAAAUACAUUUUUGUGAAGUUGUUUUAAAUUACGGUGUACCCUAAAAUCCUACACAUUUAUUUUGUAGGUUGAGCGAGGGUCUCUCAUGAAUGCUUAUCACAGACGGUUGACAUCAGAGGAUGAGACAGUACGCCAAGAGGCGGCGAAGCGUUGGAGCAAGUGGGAAUUAGCAACUUCUCACCUCUUUAUUAAUCAAGAAAAGCUUUUGAAACCAGAUACCCAGCAUACAUGGGCCCUUCAGUUUGCAUGCAUUGAAUGGUUGGUAUAAAUUAUAAAUGUUAUUCUAAGUUUAUAUCUCCAGUAAACAAAAAUAUAUACAUUUAAAAAACAUUGUAUAAUUUGUAUCCAUUUACUUCAAAGAAAGAAAAAAAACUGAACGCCUUUCUACUUUAUCUGAUUUACUAUUUACACGAAGGUGUCAUUAUUGGUCCUGUGUUGUCAUUAUUGGUCCUGUGUUGUCAUUAUUGAUUUUUUUGUUUUCAUUAUUGAUACUGUGUUGUCAUUGAUACAAUUUUUUUUUUUUUCAAUUGUUAAUAUUCAACAACAAAUAUAAGAAAUAUUUUAAUAUCUUUUUCUGAUCACUCUCAGCCACUACUUUGUCAAUGGUGGAUUUUUCAAGUCAGCAAACCAGCUCAUUGAAGAGGUGGAAAAAAUAAGACAUAUUCCUGGCACCAUUGUUCAAGGUCGUUAUGACGUUGUCUGUCCAAUGGAUACAGCUUGGCAGUUACAUAAGGUAUCGAGAGAUUAUUUGCAUAUUACAUAAUUUAAAAAUUGGGUGUGUGAAAUAUUUUGAAAUCAAUCAGGGGUGUGGCGCUGGAAAAAGGUUAAGAACCCCUGAUUUAUUGUACAAUUUUUCUCCUCUAUAAUUUUAGCGUUGGCCUGAGGCGGAGUUGAAAAUAGCUCCUGACAGUGGACACAACAGCCAAGAACCAGCCACAAGAACUCUUUUAUUAGAAGCUACUGACAAAUACAGACAUAUCUAAAAUAGCAGAGUGUUGAUUAUUCUAAUGUUGGUUAUUUUUAAAAAUUAAACCAUUAAUUUUCCACCAAUGGAGACCUCGAAGGAAUUGUUGAUUUUUGUUAAACUGUUUUAUGGACAUCAUGCUCAAAUUGUUGAUAGCAUUACAACAAAUUUUGAAUAGGAUGUGGUAAAUUGCUAAAGCGUUUGUUGCUUUCUGUCCCAAUUUAAAAUGUGUAGUAAGAAGCAGCUGAAAACAAUUAUUUGCUUCUGCUCUAAGUUAUUGUGGGUAGGUUUUCCUUGGGUUUUUUAAAAGGACGUGAAUUUCAAUUACAAAGUUUUAAUUAUUGUUUGAAAGCAUUGCUGCUUAAAAUGAUAAACGUAGCCAAUACAAGCUACUUGUCUGUCUUGAACAGAUAUUUGUUGGUACUUAAUGCAUUCUUUUUAUGAUCCUAGCAUGCUAUGUCUUUAUUACCAACACCGUUUUUAAAUGAAAUGAGUAAACUAUGAGCUUUUUCUUUCAUCCUUUAUUUUCUUUUAAUUUUUAAUCAGUAUUAUAUUUAUAUUCCAACUAGAAAUAACCUGUCAGACAAUGGUGUCAGCAAUGGUGAACUUUCCAUCCAAUAAAGUUACUUCACAAAACAUUCACAUAACGCACUUUAUAAGAAUCCCAAUUAGUGCUAACUUCUGGGAAUUUUAUUUUGUGCGCCUAUGAAACAGUAUUGCAGCCUUACAUACACAUCUAAAGAAUUAUUAUUUUUUAUAUAUAUCUUUUUACUGACAUCACGUUUAGAUUAUACAACUAUGCACCAGUGGCAUCGUAGGAGUUGCCGCCUCUUUCAUUGUGUCCAUGUUAUACUUUUUUCAGGUCUCCAUCUCUGGGUUUCAAUUCAGUUUUCCUUCUUUUAUGAGUUACCAUCCAAAGUUAACGAUGUUUUUGCUUGUCUAGAAUUUUGGGGACCGAUUGAGCUCUAUUCCACAAGCUUGGGAUGAACUUAGUUGAAACCACUUGGCCACCUAGCACGCAUAGUUAUGUCACUACCUUACUGUAUAUUUUAUGCCAUAACUUAACUAUCUAACAAUAUGACAAAAUAUAGGUGGAUAGAUUGGCUUCUAUAACUAUACAACUUAAUAGUUUAAUGUUGAAAUGAUAAUAUUGAAUACAUUUACUCAGUGCUUUCAUUUUUACUGCAUUUUGACAUUCAAAUAAUUAUUCAUGAUGGAUUUUGAAUUUGAAAAAAAAAUUUUUAUUGUAUUUUAAUAAUAGAAUUUUCCAUUAUUGCCUUUUAUAUCUGCUUGAUUGUUUACUUUGAUUGUCCAAGUUUUUAAACAAAAAUUGUUUCCAUUUCCGGUAGCCGACAUUGACCAUCAUUUUCCAUGAACUCUGCUAUAUAUGUUGAAUUAAAACAAACAAGUUACCCGGU